CCAAUCAUGUCUUUCCUGCUUUCAUCUAACUUGCAGUAGACUGUUGAAUGAAUUGUUGAUUGGUUGCUAUUGGCAACUACACUCAAUUAAGCAUGCAGUGUUUGCAAAUAACCCCCUGUGCCUCCACAAUAAGUUCUAUGUAUUUGUUUGUUUGUGGACACUUUUCUAAGUAACAACUUACAUAUACAAGGAACUUUCUUAACCAAGGUUUUUCUUUAAUUUCUCUUCCCUUUUCUCCCUUUUUUGUCUUUGACUUGCCAAACCCUGGCCCUGGCUGCAUCCAAUUAAAUUCAAAUGCUGGAGCGGAUAACACCCACACUGUACUGCGCAGCCAUGUGGGGGAUAGAGGGACAGACAGAGAGUGAAAGCAGCAGCAACAGCAGGGUAGUUCUACAGGAGGAUGCAGGAGAUAAGCAAGCAAAGAGCUGCUCUAGCUGGACUUCCCUAAGCUUGCAUCACGGAAUCCCUGGCAUUCAAAUCAAGUCACUGACCCCAGCAGCUGAAAACCCAGUUCAUUGAGAGGGCAUCUACAAAUGCACAUCUAUCAUGGGAAGUGAACUUAUGUUGCAGAUGGCAACCCUCAGAUGAAUUUAUUGUGCCUCUAUGAUCCAGCAUGGAGGUGCCCUGCGCCAAAGACUUCUACUGGCAAACACUGGCACCGCUACAAAGCCCACGUGUGUACUGCUCCCUAGUAGAAACGGGAGGUCAAAUUUUUGCUGUUGGAGGCUGUGAUGAUGCAGGAAACCCAAUGAAUACUUUUGAAGUAUUUUCUCCAGAAGCCAACCGGUGGAGCAGCCUAGAACCAAUGCCAUCUUCACGUGCUGGAGUUGCAGUGGUAGCACUGGGCAAAAGGAUCAUGGUGGUGGGGGGAGUUGGAGAGAACCAAACCCCAUUGAAAGUGGUGGAAGUAUACAACAUUGAUGAAGGAAAAUGGAAGAAGAAGAGUUCUCUUCGUGAGCCUGCAAUGGGAAUAUCUGUCAGCGUUAGAGACUGCAGGGUGUAUGCAGCUGGUGGGAUGGGUUCAGAUCUACGACCACAUUGUUUCUUACAGCAGUAUGAUAUGCUGAAAGAUAUUUGGGUUCAUUUUGCUCCAAUGCCUACACCUAGAUAUGGUGCAACCUCCUUUCUGCGUGGGACAAAGAUUUAUGUUUUGGGCGGAAGACAGGCCAAAUAUGCAGUUAAUGCCUUUGAAGUAUUUGACAUUGAGACACGCUCCUGGACGAAAUUUCCAAGCAUUCCCAAUAAGAGGGCAUAUUCCAGAUAUGUGCUCAGUGAGGGAUCUCUGUACAGCCUUGGAGGCCUGCGCCAAGGGGGUACCUACCGCAGACCAAAAUUCACGAAGACAGUGGAUAUAUUUGAUAUGGAGCAAGGGGGCUGGAUGAAGACUGAGCGAUCUUGCUUUCUAAGAAAAAGAAGAGCCGAUUUUAUUGCAGGUUCAAUUCAUGGAAGAGUUGUUGUGGCAGGUGGCCUUGGUAACCAGCCCUCAGUCCUGGAGACAGCAGAAGUCUUUCAUCCUGUGAAGAGCCGAUGGGAGAGUAUAAAUCCAAUGCCUACUCCACGCUGUGCUUCUGCUUGCAUUGUCCUAAAGAACAGAUUGUAUGCAAUUGGUGGGGUCAACCAGGGUCCCAGUUCUGCUGUAGAAAUGCUAAGUUUGGUAGAGUCCUGAAAAUUUGUAACUGUUUUGUAUCUUAGUUUUCAUAUUUUAAUGUAUACAGUUACAGUAUAUACAUUGAGUAGUGUAUUACUAUAGGCAGGGCAGGAUUGGUGUUUAUGAGCAGGAUCUCAGUAAAAUGUGCAGGGUAUCAAUGUGGAUAUUUCAGGCCUGCUAAAAUGUAGCACACAAAAUACACGUAAUUCUGUAUUAUAACUGGCAACAUUUUAGAGAGUUACAGUUUACAUUCUUCCAAGUAAUGCAUACCCGUGCAUAUUUUGUUAAAACUGUAUUUAUAUUAUCCAACAAUGGCCUUCAAAGAGGGAUACCUCUGAAAUGUACUUGUACUGCACAAAUCCAGCCAUCUGUAAAAAAAUGUGAUGUGCACAUUUUUACUACUACCAUGCCUAUACUACUACCAUGCCUGAUGAAAUUUACUCAACAGUGUGCAGCAGCAUUGGUGAGCAUUGUCAUGGCAUAUGCGUGGGUGUAUGUACAAUAGAGUAUACUUGGUGAAUGUGUAUAUGGGUGUGCAAUAUCAGCUGCCUGUGCAAAAUCUUGGGCCAUGGAACUGAGUAAAUAGGAGCAGAACAUUAUGCCCUGGUGCAGUCAUUAUAAAGAAAGAAAUCAAUAUAGUAAAUGUGUAUGCAGAGAAUGGGAGUAGAGUGUUUAUACUAUAUGAGCAAUGGGGCAGUAUUUAUGGUUACAUAAGAUCAAGGCUCAAAGAUUUCAUGUGUUUACAGAUGGCUGGAUUUGUGUCAGAACAAAACAACGUGCUUAUAUAAUACAAGUACAGUAUAGUCUGGAGUACCUAGUAAAGCAAUACAGAGAAGUGUUCAUAUACAAGAAUGAUAUGUAUCUGCAUACAUAGAAAGGAGAAACUGUAUGUACCCCUCCCUUUUUAAUUACAGUUCUCCUUUUCACAGUUUGGUACAUGUGAUUGUGGAAUCCAGGGCAGAAAUAUGGCUACAAUGAAACUGUCCUGUGUGAAAUUAGCGAUAAAACACAAUGUUUUUAAUACUGUAGAGGAGAUAAACGUAUACUCAUUUGUCAUUUACUACUAUCUAGACGUUACAUGAUGAAAAUAAUCUUCAUAUAAGAUAUGACUUUUUCUGACAAUAAAUAUAUAUGUGUACGGAGUGCUGUAUAAUUUUACAAUAUAGAAAAGUACACACAGAGAGGACAAACAUAUACAAAUAAAAAUAUACACAUAGAUAAAAUGCAAUGUUGUAAGAGACACGAUAGAAAGGAAGUCCCUGCCCUGUAGAGCUACUGGGCAGUGUGCAAAUAACACACAACAAAGCAAAUAUUACAUAAAUAUUUAAUUUGCACAUCAUUCAAACAGAGAUAACUUUGUGACAAUGUCACUACCAGUGUACUAUAAGGUAGUGGAGAAUUGUCUUACUCCUCUCCCUUCCUUAUUACAUUCAUAGGUUUGCAUGAAUUGGGCCCUGACUAGAGGUAGGUGAUAAAAGAAGUAUGUGCAUAUAUACAGUAUAUACUGCUACCAAUAUAGAGUAAAUGGAAGUGUGUUCGGGGGGCAUCCUUUUCUUAGAUUUAUUGAGAACAUUAUUUGCCUAAUUAUAUUAAUGUGCAGGAUAGAAUGCAGAGAAUAAACUACCGUUUGGGGAGUUGCCAUAGCCACAGGUCUUUUGAUGUGGUAGCCCUGGACAACCCAUUCAGCACUGUCCAGGAGCAACAAUAGCUCAGAAUGUGUUAUAUACAGGAUCAAUAGAAAGAAUGGUAUGUUACAGUCAAGGGCAAUAUCUGUUAUCAUUAGACCAUAUGGUGCACUGUUUUUCUUCUUUUAUCUAAAGAAAACUUUUUAAAACAAAAAUUUUAUAAGAAACCGGUUAUUAUAAAUCAGUAUUUAAAUAAGCAAGUGCAUCUGAAUACAUCUUCCCGAGUAUAAUUACAUGGAUCUCAGUGGGUAAUAAAACAUGAGUGUGUGUCACCAUGCAUUUAUACAGCAGCUUGUGUCUGUGUGAUUAAUGCACUUGUCCUGGUUUGAAAAACUAGAUUUAGGUCACAAGCAAAUGAUAAUGUCUUAGCUGUUCUUUCUGCCACCGUGCUUCCUAAUAAUAAAGUGAUGCCAAUGACA